AAACGCUUUUACGCCACAAAUCCUUCGCAUACUUAUUGUUGAGGAGGCACUGACUGGUGCCUCGGAGCAUGUGUGAGGUGUCCGUGCGCACACCCACGUCUCCAAGCUGCGCUUCCAAAUCGGGAAAGCAUGGCACACAGUCCAGUUUUUACCCAUUCAUUUGUACGUCUCCUGCCAACAAGAUCGAACAGAAAGAUUACCGAAUAAUACUGGAUUUACAGAAUUUAUUUCAAUUUGUCACAUUCUGGUCUCAGCUUAUGCUGUGGAUGACGGACAGACAUCGUCUACCACUAAGGAUCAGUGGUUUUUAUUCACUUUUUACAUUUACUUUUAACGCAGUUUCUCUAAUCAGGCGCUCUUUUUUGUGUGAAUAUGAGAGAUAACGAACUUUAUUCGGGCAUCGACGGCGCGGUCUGUCCUAAUAUCGCCCUUUCAGGCUCCGCUCCGAAGCGCACAAACCCAUCGGCUUCUCCUUCGAUAAAGGAGUUUGUACCCCGGAGAUCCUGCGGAGUCCCGGCCGCUGAAAUGGAUGCGGACAGGCACGUCGCCGUGUCCAGAGAGAAACCUGUGAUCGCACCCGCUGUCUUCGUCUUCCAGAAGACCCCCCCCACCCAGAAGAGGUGGGCUGAAGACGGUGAAGAAGGAGCAGAUUUGGGGGCCAGUGCAUGCAAGAGGAGGCGGUCCUUAACGUUCCCGUCCGUGAGGCCCAGGUGCAGAAAAGGCUAUGAGAGACGAACUCGGACAAAUUCCAUUUCCUUCCCUACUCCUGCCUCAGGUUCCCCUCCAGGCCAGCAAAGGAUGCUUUUGAGACCCACGACUCUCCCAGCACCCCAACCAUGGAGCUCCCCUUACCAGCCACUGCCAGGUAAGGCCCCCUCUGACCCAGAUACAAGCCUGAUCUACAAAUCGACAAAUAGUUCAGGGCUGAAUGCGGAGAUGCAGGGUCUAUGGAGAAACAAUGGAAGGGUUGAGGCCAAAGUCAGACCAAUCAGGUUCCAGAACUGGUUUGAGUCAGUUCUGGCGGUGGUCAGUUCUCUUGCAGCGGCCAGGACUUUUCUCACUUGCAUGUCUUUAUCCAGCUUCCAUGUUUACGCUGCAGAGAGGCUGGCCACGCCCACUCUGGCCCAGAGCCACCUGCAGAACAAGCCUGUACGUUGUUCUCUGUUCCCGCAGAUGGGCCUAGGGCCCAGCGGACAGGCUGUGGUAGAAAUGGGCUGGGACAGUUCUGCAAGGACUGUGCCGCUGAUGCCGUGCGAUCCACGAAUUCUCCGUGACAAAAUCCCGUUUGUGUUUGGGGAAAAUAUGAGCGAACGAGUCCUGAGUCCAUCCAAGUGCAGCGAGGACUCCUCUGUCUCCAGCUCGGACUGCUCUGACUCUGAACUAUCUGAUGAAGAGCCCUCGUACCCAAUGUCUGAGGGGAGAACACUUCAGGAAUCCGCUGCAGCCUACACCGCCGCCCAUAGGGGGUGGUGUCUGCUCAAGCGCAUUCAGGUGGUCACUGGGGAAGAGCAGGAGAGCAACGUUGUACAGCUGACCUGUAAGCUGUUUGUGCUGGAGAGGGGGACACAGUCAUGGAGCGAGAGGGGGAGGGGGAUCCUUCGGCUGAACGACAUGGUGACAGCUUCCCAGGGCCGGCUGCAGUCACGCUUAGUGAUGAGACACCAGGGCACUCUCAAGCUUAUCCUCAAUUCCAGGCUGUGGCCGCAAACUCGCGUCCGCCGCGCCUCCCGCUGCAGCCUGCAGGUGACGGCUACCGACCUGGAAAGCCACGCCGUCCGCGUCUUCCUGGUGCAGGCCGGCGCCAGGGAUGCCGCACGGCUGUACGUGGCCAUCCAUCACCGCCUCAUCGCCCUGCGCUCCCAGCACCGCGAAGCGGAGGAUGAGGACGGAGAGGACGCCACAAAGCCGGGGCAGGCAGAGAAGCGGGAGGAGGACGGGGCAGAGUGUGGGCCUCCAUCCCCGCCUCACAUUAACUAGGCUGCCAUCCAUUAAUUCCAGGAAAUGAUGCAGUGUGUGGCUCAGUAGUUGAAGAUCUGGAAGGUCGCCGCUUCGAAUCCCAUGGCCGACAGGGAAAUCGAUUCACCAUUGGGGCCAUGAGUGAGGCCCUUAAGCCCAAGAAGUUCCCCAGAGGUCCCUGAACCCAAGUUUCACUGUUGUGGGAGAGCGUCAUGGCAAAUAUGAAAACCAUAUGUUUUUCUACCUGUGCUUGCACAAAUGCAGCAAGGUUAUCAUUCAGGAUGAAGCAGUGUAACUGUACAGUGUGGUGUCCGUUACCCAGAAUCCUUGACAUGGCCAUAUGGAUUUCGCAGGUGGGUGUGACAGGAAGUGCAAUGGUCCCUCUGAGUCAUCCUGAUGAUGUCAUCACGGGUGUGAUCUCAGUGAUGUCAUCACAGGCCUGGGGUGAUCCCCGAGAGGACUGUGCUACCCCCUUCUGCAGGCUUUCCAGAAUUCGCACCGGGACAUUAGCUAACAGCUGAUGCUUGUAUUUAAGUACUUGUGUAUACAGAUUUUUUUAUUUUAUUUUACUAUCUCCUGCUAUCUAGCAUGAUCCAUUGUGGCAUCAUGCCUGCAUGCCAUGUGCUUAUAGGAAACUGUCCUGUACAAUAAUAAUUUUGGGGAGUAGUGAUUUGAACACAUUUGUACUUUUUAUAUAAAUUAAUGCCAUUCAUACCGACUGAAAGCAUGUAAAAAUAUGUUAAAAUAAUAUAAUGAAAUUAUUAUCUGUACAUAUUUGAAGUGAAUGAGUGUUCUCGCAGGAGGUAGUGCUAUUGUUCGGCAACCGGAGGGUUGCAGGUUCGAGCCCUGGUUCCUCCUGACCCCAUCAAAGUGUCCUUGAGUGAGACACUGAACCCCAAAUUGCUCCAGGUGAGCAGGUUGGCGCCUUGCAUGGCAGCCUCCGUCAGCGGUGUGUUAAUGGGUGAAGGUGAGGCAUGAAAUGUAAAGCGCUUUGAGUACUUGUAGGAGUAGAAAAGCGCUAUAUAAAAUACAGUCCAUUUACCAUUUACCAAUUUAUUUGUAUUCAUUUUUCGCUGAUACAAACAGCCUUUGUUUAUGGCCUUCAGUGUUCAAAAUCAUUCUUACUGUCUGGAUUGCGGACUCUUUUAAUACCUCCUAUCUAUAUGAUUUAUAUUCAUAAGCAGCAUUUUUUUCCAAUUCAGUCUUGGUCACUGGUAUUUAUUUGUAGCUUCCGUAUUUUGAAUGCUUUAUGUUCCUCUGUGUAAAAUUUACCGUAACCAGAAAUAAGUUUUUUGUUUCGUUAAGGGUAGUUAUCGUCUUUCAUCUGGCGUUUUUUAAGUCUCCGUUUUUAUUUACGAGUUUGUUGCAAUAAGAAUGAAUUUAAUUAUAAAAUCCUAAAAACCUUUUUCCAUAUGCUCAGUAUUGCGGGCUAUAUAUUUUGUUAAAACGUCGUCUUCCGUUCAUUUGUUCCAUUAUUAAAUGAUUAUAUUUUAUUUA